AUGGCCCAUCUUCGCGCCAUGGGGCGGUGGUUCCUGCUUGGCGCAUUCGCUGCUCGCGCGGCGAUCGUGCCGAGCACCGAAACGUGUGAAGCGCUGAGCAAUUGUUCUCCUUCACAAUGCCAAUCAGUCUCGAACUCACCGUGCAGCUUUACUGAUCCGAACAUCGAUUGGCCAGAGCUUAUUGGCAGCGUUUCCUGCAAAAGCUGCACUCAAAGCUCAGAUGCCAGGUGCUCCGUGUCUGGCAUGCAAGAGGUAUUCAACACGGAUGCCACAUCUGCUGUGAAAGCUAUGUACUGCAACGACAACUAUCUGGUGGUUUGGUCUGCUGGCAAGCCCCCCACCGAUGACACGCUGGCGAGCAUCCCUCGACCCCCUGGUGGUGGAGGCGGCGGUGGCUACGAGAACGAGUGCGUGACGCGGUCGACCAUCGAGCAGUCGCAGACCUAUAAGAUUCCCUUGACCUCGCCGCCGGACGAAGCCUAUGAAUGGACGCCCAAUCCCCCGGCGGGCGCCUCUGGUGUGGGCAAGAAUGGCGUUCCCUUUUAUCCAGGUUCGGUGCACAUAUCAGACGGCUGCUUUGCUCGAGGCCGAGAAGCUUUGCAGCGUUUCUGA